AAGUGAACUGGGUCACGGCGUUGCCCUUGGCACUUUUGUCUGUACGGUCGUCCAUUAACCGCAUGACGUCAUUCACACCGUUCGAACUUUUGACAGGUCGCUCAUUUCCUGGUCCGUUCAACCCAGUGCACCCUGAACCGAUUGAUGAUCUUGAUCACAGAACGUACUUUACCAAGCUGAAUGUUCUUGUCUCAAGCUUUUCCAAACAGAAAACCAUCUCCCCGGCCCAUCCAGACGCAGAAAUCACUCCAUCGGCAGAGUGGGUGCUUCUCAGGGUGUUUAAGCGGAAGUGGAACGAACCUCGUUGGACUGGGCCAUACAGAGUGACUGAGCGCACAACACAUAGUGUCAGAGUAGCUGGUAAAGGUGACACUUGGUUCCAUUGGUCUUGUUGUUCCCCUACCAACCAACCAGAAAGAUCGUUGGAUACGGUAAGAUUGGACCUGCAGGAACUGCAGGACCAAAAGGGGGAAUCCAACACAGGGGAACAACAACAGGUUGACAUUUCACAACAGCAGGUUGACAUUUCCCAAAAGAACACAAAACUAACACUCAAAGAACUAAAGGGGGACUUAUUCAACAGUCCAGAACAUGAAGCAUUAGCUCACUGCAUUAGCAAAGAUUGUGCAUUUGGGAAAGGAAUAGCAUUGGAAUUCAGAAAAAGAUAUGGAAUAGACAAAGUAGUUAGACAACAGAAAGUGGUGGGACAGUGUGCGGUAACACAGGAAGGGCAAAGAACAAUCUUUCACCUGAUAACAAAAGAGAAAGCCAAAGAUUUGCCAACAUACGACACAUUGAGACAGGCAAUAAAGGAACUCAAAAAACACUGUGAAGAACAAAGAGUAAAAAAGUUGGCUAUACCCAGGAUUGGGUGUGGUUUGGACAGACUAGAGUGGGAAAAAGUAAGGGAUGUAAUCAAAGAAGAGUUCCAAAACACAGACAUAAUCAUUACUGUGUAUGUAAGGGAAUAAUAAGUGGAAAAA